CUUGCCGGUACAUGUCCAGCUGGGUGGGUGAUCGCAUCUCAUUCAUGAGGGGGAGUUUAAAAGGUCCACGGGCUGAUACCCGGUGCUGUCUCCCUUCACAAACGCUGCAGAGCUGAGCGUCGUAGUAUCACUGAGCAAUACAUGGAAGAAACAGAGCUGCAGCCUGGCGAUACAAGUUCACAGAGCUUUCAGAAGUUACCGCUGUGGAUCAUAGAGUAUGUCUGGGCUCACAAGAGGACGGAUAUACAGGAAGUUGUGGACCCUUCCACUUGGCCAGAAGUGGACUCCCAGCCUCUGAGCCUUGAAGAUUCAUGGAGGCUGCGUGUUGCCUCUGCCCAUGUAUAUUCCAUCGUGAAGAACAGGGACAUGGCACACUUUGAGAGAGUGAUGGGCUUUCUGGAAGCCACUUACAGACUUCUACCCAGACUGGUGGCUCCCAUCAAACACAUGAAGAUCAUGUUUGGCCUCAAGACCAUGGUAAUUAUGUGGAUGCUCAGGGAGGGCAGAGGAAUUGUUGAUACUGUGUUUAAAAUCAGCCAGUUCUUCCCAAGUAAACUACCUCAAUACCGAGAUAAAUGUAGCCAACAUGAAAUGUUCCUAAUGAGGAAGAACCAUGUGGAUUUCAAGGCUCUGGCACAAGCACUAGCUAUGGACAAGGACAAACUUGAAGAUUAUAUUAAGAAUCAGAUGGAGAAGCAGUAUGGUGAACAUUAUGCCCAGAAAGUAGAGGACCGGCUGCUACAUUAUCUACAUGAGUUGGAGACUGUGUUACCAGGAGAAACCUACAUUGAUAAGAUACUGAAGAAAGAAAGUCCUGUGACUGAAGAGGAGAAGCUAUUGUUGGAAGUAAUUACCUCUGACUCCACAACCAUAGCAACAACUCUAAAGAAACUGCUGCACUGUGACGUUGCUUCCUGUCGUCCGGGCAGGGUUUCUCAGUCAUCAGAACGGAAUGCAAAGAAUGGAAUGGAAAGCUCUCAACUCUCAAAGUCUGUUCUGUAUGGCAGCUCCUCAAAGGCUCUCCUCAAGUCAGUGGAAGCCAAAACUCCCCUAGAGUUUCAGCCAGAGGUUUUUAGGGGAGGAGAGGAGCCUGACCAAUAUGUAUCCAAGGACAGCCCUCUUUUUUUGGAGAAUGACAACGGUUCAGACAUUAGGAGACACCAACAAACGGAGGAGGAUGGUGAAGUAGUCAAGAGUGUGGAGAAAGAGAGCAGUGACAAGGAAAAUGGCAAAAUCAGUCAGAGAAGCAGUGAACGUGUUCAUAAGGCCGCCUCCUCUCCUCAGUUCUGCUCCAAGCACCAGCGAUGGGUGAAGAGCAUCCUGCAGGAGUGUCCUGACGAGUGCUCUGAAGAGUUGCUGCUUCAGGCCAAUGUUUCUUCAUCUCCCCUGCUGUUCCAGUCAUCCUCAUCUACCUCUUCAUCACAAGACCUCACACCCUCUAACCUCAUCCCAUGCCCCCCUGACCAGCAACAUCCACCUUCACAGACCUCCACCCAUCUUCAGACAGCAGCCCAGGCAUCUGAACAAACAAACCCAGAAGAUAUGCUGAGCUCUAGGUCACCUGGAUCAGCAAGCGAUACCUCUAAAAUGGAACCUCUACCUCAGCCGUCUUCAUCCAGAGACACUCUGCUGCCCGCCCUUUGGUCGCCAGUGGUCCGAUUGAUAGACAUUGCCUGCAUCAGAGGGAUCUACCCUACCUUUAAACCCCAUCAAGAAUCUCCAAAUCACUUCACCAUGUCUAGUAACAAACAGGCAGCUUCUACUUCCAGUCCUCAGGUACUAACCUCUCCACACCGCCAUACCUCAGGGAAUGACACCAUAUUUCAGGGAACAACGGAAGACUCUACGUUCGACCAGCCAGAAACUGUGGCCCCAACAAAUCCCCCGAAAACAAUGCACAAAGUACAAACAGCUCCUGUAUCUCAGGAUGCAUCCACUUCUACCAGGUGUCAAACACCAACUCGACAGUCUUCAUCCAGACUUUCAAGGAAGUUCAGACGGACUUGUACUACCACCAGACAUUCACAGGCUCUGGGCGAAUUCAGUCAAAACCCUUUAGCUGAGCAGUUAGAAAAGACCCCAACUACCUUUUGGACAAGUUGUUCACCCUUGCCCAAUGACUUCAAUGUCUCUGGGCCUCCUACACAAGAUGCUUCUACUUCUACUUCUCAAUCAGGGACUCUAUCCACAGUCUGUACUGCUAACCAAAUCCCUUUAUCUACUGAAUCAUCUCAACAAGUUGUCCCUCAGAACUCCAUCAAACCUCAUUCUCAGACACACAACAUCAGUCCUUUUCAAUCAAAGACCCUACCAUGCGUCACUGUCUUAUCCUCUACUUCCAACUCUAAUUGCCUGGCUGUCAGGUCUGAGACCAGCAGAGUCCAAAGAACCCAGCUGAGGAUAUCACUACCUAGUCAGGUUGUGCUGCUGCAGUCCAAGCUGCUACAGCCCUAUGUGAGUCUUACCAGGCUGAGCGCUCAGGAGUGUUACCAAGUCACCAAGGGGAGAUCCUCAACCAAGUAUGUAGAGCCUGUGGUACAAGACAGCAAUAAUUACAGCGAUGAGGACAGGAAGGAUGAGGAAGAAGCUGCAGAUUCUUCUUUUGAUCUGAAUAUUCUUUACUCCAGCCAUUCUUCAAAGAGUGACAGCGAGGACUCUCUUGAUUGGGACCCUGACUACAAACCUUGCAUUAAAAAGAAAAGACUUCUCUUAGAGUAUGAGACUGCAAGGAACCUGAAUCAUAUAUGAGAGCAUUUGCACAUAUGGACUAUAGCAAUUCUAUACCAAUACUGAUAUUUGGGAGUUUAAAAAAUCAAGUAACAAGACUACUUUUUUAAAGCAUAAACACAUAACAUAACCAAUCUUGAUGCGGUUCCAUUGGAUUUGUUUUUUUAAAGGAUUGCGAUACAUACUAAGUGGGACAUUUUACAGUGUAAAAAUCUAAACAAAAACUUGUCAGUGGUCUCUUGUGGACAAACUAUGUAAUGGUGAUUUUCUGUACUGCAAUUUCUUGUUACUGGCCGUAAUUGUCCGACAUAUACAUCCAUACCAAUAUACAGUAUCUGCAAUAUGAUAUAAUAAUAUGAGACGAUAUAAUAAUAUUGACUAAUAUAUCUGCCUGGCCAAUAUCCAUCUAGUUCUAAUACAGAUGUAUUUAGUGUUGCUAGAUUCAGGUUUUAGGAGCUGACAUCUAAUCUGAGGGAAAUGUUACACUUGGUUUGACUCGUCCUCUUUAAUAAUUGUUGGAUCGAGUGGGACUCCAGAUUAUUGUAUGAGAUAAACAAAAAUGUGUGUUUAGAAAUGAAGACUUUAAUAUGCUAAUUUUGUAAGUUAAGGCUACACUAAUUGAUAUUUUUAUAUGAACAAUGGGUCAAAUAAUAUGUUUUUCUCAGGAGUAGGUAGAGUCUACAGCACAGCUCAAUGGAGAGUGAAUUUUGUACUAACAUUUGUCAGGUGGACACAAACACGACUCCAAGUGAAUGCGAAUGUUGCUCUGUGUCUGUUGGAUGUGUCAACAGGUGACAGAUUGCUAACAAGUUAUCCAUAUCAACUUAGGCCACAAUAUGUCAAAUACAAGUUAUUUUUAGCUUGUUGUGGCCCCCAAGUAUCCAAAACCCUGCUUAAUGCAGCUUUAAAGAAGCUGUUAAAAAUUAAAUAAGUUUUAAAUAACAUACAUGACCUGAGAUCUCUGACUUCCACUUCUGAUUGAGGGGUGGUGACUACUGAACAAAAAGGAGUAUUGUAAAUAUUGGUAUGUUGCUCCAUAAAUUUAUUAAAGCUGUUACAUGACCUUGUGAAUAUCUUUGAUACACAUUACUGUGUGAUAUAGAGUUAGAAAUCCAGCAUCUUGCGUCUGUUCUCAAUUAUUAUUGCAGCAUUUCCUGUAGCAGGUGUCUCUUGAAUAUUUGAGUGUUUUAUAGAAAAAAUAGUUUGUGUAGAUUUGUUGACAAAUCAUAAUAAAUAACCCAGUGUAGUUGUAACUUGUAAUGUGUUUUUUGUUGGUGAGUUGGUCCAACACUUUGGUCCAGACUGAAAUAUCUCUACAACUGUUGGAUGGAUUGCCAGGGAAUUUUAUGAAGACAUUCGUGGUCCCCAGAGGACGAAUCGUAAUGAUAUUCCUAGUGCUAUCAGCAGGUCAAAGUUUUCACUUAGCCAGUGAAAUAUCUCAACAUCUACUAGAUGGAUUGGCACAACAUUUUGUACAGACAGUCAUGAUUCCAAGAUGAUAUAUCCUAAUGACUUUGGUGAUCCCCUGACUUUUCCUCUAGCACCACCACAAGGUUGAUAUUUGGGGUUUUGAGUACAAAAAACUAUUAGAUGGACUGCCAUGGACUUUGGUACGGUCAUUUAUUAGACUGCAUUCAGACUGACUUUAGCUCUGCGUGAAAAAAAUGUGGCUCUCGUUUUUAUUUGAAUGAGGCCAGCCCAGCAGGGCAGCAGGGGUACCAACACAGAGGGUGCUUGCAAAAAAGUUGAACCUGUCUCAGCUUUUGCUGCAACGCAAUGUGACGUCAUCCGGCCAAUCACAAGUGUUGGCCAAUCACAAGCACACAUUCUUGGUAGAUUACUUUGUAACAUGAAUACCGUAUUCCUACUCUUUACCUUGUGAUCAGCAUGACCAAAAAUAAAACAAUUGCCGCUGUGAUAACUUUC